CAGGAGGGAGAAGCAAGGAGAGCGCUGCCCACAAUGGAGGCCAGGCACAGCCCGUUUCAGAGACCGAGCCCGGAAGGGCGGAGAGCAGCCGGGGGAGUGCUCCUGCCGGCCGCGGUGCUGCUGAGCUUAUGCUGCCGAGCGACACUAGAGCCCAUCCGCUACACCAUCCCCGAGGAACUGGGCAGAGGCUCUCUGGUGGGGCCGCUGGCGAGGGACCUGGGGCUGAGCCCGGCAGAGCUGCAGGCACGCAAGCUGCAGCUAACGUCUGCCUCUAAAAGGCAGCUGCAAUACUUCACGGUGAGCGGGGACACCGGCAACCUGUAUGUGAGCGAGAGACUGGACCGGGAGGAGAUGUGCGGCGAGGAGCCGACAUGUUCUGUCAGCUUCGAUGCACUGGUGCACAACCCGCUCAACGUUUUCCAUGUCGAGGUGGCCAUCCAGGACGUCAACGACAACUCCCCGAUCUUCUUGCGCGAUAAUUUCCAGCUGGAAAUCAACGAGUUCACUUCUCCGGGCGCACGUUUUGCCGUGGGAACCGCCAAGGAUGCAGACGUAGGCAGCAACUCCGUGCAGGACUACAAACUGGAGGCCAACAAGUACUUUGAGGUGGAGGUGAAGGAGAAACAGGAUGGCAGUAAGUUCGCGGAGCUGGUGCUGCACCGAGCUCUGGACCGGGAGAGAGAGCAGAGCCUGCGGCUGGUGCUGACGGCACUGGACGGCGGAGACCCGCCCCGCAGCGGCACCGCCCAGCUCUUUAUCAACGUCACCGACGCCAACGACAACGCCCCCCUGUUCGCGCAGGACCGGUACCGAGUGAGCCUGAGGGAGGACUCGCCGCUGGGCUCGAUGGUGCUGAACGUCUCGGCCACGGACGCUGACGCCGGCGCCAACGCUCACAUUACAUACGGCUUCGGGGAAUCACCGGCCAAGGUGCUUAAAAAAUUUUUGCUGGACGCAGAGAGCGGGAUCAUGACGCUGCAGGAAGCACUGGACUUCGAACAAACGCGAGGCUACACGCUGCUGGUGGAGGCAAGGGAUGGGGGUGGUCUCGUAACACAUUGCGAAGUGGAAGUGGAGGUGCUGGACGUGAAUGACAACGCACCCGAAAUCACCAUGCUGUCUGUUUCGAGCCCUGUGCCCGAGGACGCCCCAGUAGGCACCAUGGUAGCACUGGUGAACGUGAACGACCCAGACUUCGGGGAGAACGGCCAGGUACUGUGCGAGCUGUCGGGAGAGGCGCCGCUGUCGCUCGUAGCGUCGUCAGGCGGUUCAUACAAGGUGGUGACGGCGAGCGCGCUGGACCGGGAGCAGGCAGCCCAGCAUCGGGUGACGCUGGUGGCCAGGGACCGGGGCAGCCCGGCGCUGUCGAGCCAAGCGACGCUGGUGCUGGAAGUGUCGGACGUGAACGACAACGCGCCGGUGUUCGAGGAGGAGGUGUACAGCGCCUACGUGGGCGAGAACAACGCGGCGGGAGCGCCGGUGCUGCGCGUGCACGCCCGGGACGCGGACGCGGGUGCCAACGGGCGCGUCAGCUACUGGCUGGAGAGCGGCAGCGCGGACUCGGUAGCGCCGCCGGUGUCGGUGGAGGCGCAGAGCGGCGCGGUGUACGCGCAGCGCUCCUUGGACUACGAGCAGUGCCGCGAGUUCACGGUGACGGUGCGGGCGCAGGACGGCGGGGUGCCGGCGCGCAGCUCGACGGCCACGGUGCGCAUCUUCGUGCUGGACCGCAACGACAACGCGCCGCGGGUGCUGUGGCCGGCGGCAGCGUCGGCAGCAGGCGAGGCGCCGCCCUUCGAGGUGGUGCCGCGCUCGGCCGAGGUGGGCUACCUGGUGGCCAAGGUGGUGGCGGUGGACGCGGACGCGGGGCGCAACGCCUGGCUGUCGUACGAGCUGCUGCAGGCGCCGGAGCCGGCGCUCUUCCGCCUGGGGCUGCACAGCGGCGAGGUGCGCACGGCGCGGGCCGUGUCGGAGCGCGACGCGGCCAAGCAGCGCCUGGUGGCGCUGGUGAAGGACCACGGGCAGCCGGCGCUGUCGGCCACGGCCACGCUGCACGUGGUGCUGGCCGAGAGCUUGCAGGAGGCGCUGCCGGAGCUGAGCGAGCGGCCGGCGGGCGCCGACUCGCCGGCCGAGCUGCAGUUCUACCUGGUGCUGGCGCUGGCUCUGCUCUCGGCGCUCUUCCUGCUCAGCCUGGGGCUGGCCCUGCUGGCGCGGCUGCGGAGGGCCGGGCCGCCCGCCGUCCUGCGCUGCCUGGGCGCGCAGCGCUUGUCUCUGGCGGGCGCCGCCUUCCCUGCGGACUUCUGCGAGGGCACCUUGCCCUACUCCUACAACCUGUGCGUGGCUCCGGGCCGCGCCCUGACCGAGGCCACCUGGCUGCCGCCGCCGCCGCUACCUAGCCUGCCUGCGGAGGAGCUGCUUGGCGGUGAGUCCUUCGUGAAAUCGAGUCUGAAUAGCACCGACGUCGUCAGAGACCCGUCCACUGCCUCCGACGCACCGCAGGUCGGUAAGCCCGAGCGCUCUCCUUGUUAUUUUUGA